GCUUGCUAGGAGGAGGAGGAGGGGUCUCGACAUUUUUUUUCCUUCCUUCAUUUCCUUUUUUUUCCUUUUCUUUUCUUUCUCUUUUUUUCUCCUUUUCUCCAUUCGUUCAUCUUUUCUCUCCGCCCAUCCCCCGUUUUCUCCGCUCCUAUUCUUUGUGAUGCCCCCCCAGCCUCCCGCGUGUGUCUCCGGCAGGCUCCCCUCCUCCUCUCUCGUAUAGCCGGGGCUGACCGGGCUGGAGGGAGGGCAGAGGCAUCCAUGUCAUUCUCCCACAGCUUCCCAUCACACGGCUUUCUUCAUCACGUUUAGUUGACACGCUCGUUGCCCUCUCCGGAGCUCUGCGCAGCCCGAGGAGGCAGGAAGCAACAGGCAAACCAUAUUAUCCACUUUGCUGGGUUGAAUGACGUCGUUUCUACAUAGAAUUGUUUGGAUUCUCCAGUAGACUUCUUUAGAUCCUAUUUUUGUUAUUACCGCUUGUGCUGUACUAUGUUGAAGAUGUCCCAUGGCCACACAACCCAGGAAGUUCUGGAGAUCAUGAAGGAGUCAGAAAAGCGUUUAGUUGAAGAGUCUGUAAACAGAAGUAAGGCCAUAUCUAGGUCACCCAGUAAAGAGGAACAGGAAUCUGAUGAACCAAACUCGCGUCAAGAACCCCAGAGGCGAAAUCCCAGCCACGGACAUGCCAGGAAGAGAGCCAAGUCAAACUCCAAGUUAAAAUUGGUGAGAAGCUUAGCUGUGUGUGAAGAGUCAUCUGGACCAUUUGUGGAUGGCUCCGUGGAACCUCAGGAUGUCAUUCAGUUGCAUAUCAGCUGCCCUUCUGAUAAGGAGGAGAAAUCCUGCAAAGAUGGAUCUGAGAAGGAGGAAAAAAAUAAAGAGAAGGGGCCAAAGAAAAUGUUGUCUAGAGAUUCUAGUCAAGAGUACACAGACUCUACAGGAAUAGACGUACAUGAAUUUUUAGUAAACACACUGAAGAAUAACCCAAGGGACAGAAUGAUGCUGCUAAAAUUAGAACAAGAAAUCCUUGAAUUUAUUAAUGACAAUAGCAAUCAAUUUAAGAAGUUUCCACAGAUGACCUCAUAUCACAGGAUGCUUUUGCACCGCGCUGCUGCCUACUUCGGCAUGGAUCAUAAUGUAGACCAAACAGGCAAAGCCGUGAUCAUUAAUAAAACCAGUAACACUCGAAUACCUGAACAAAGGUUCUCAGAGCACAUCAAAGAUGAAAAGAGCUGCGAAUUUCAACAAAGGUUCAUCCUAAAGCGGGAUGAUGCUAGCAUGGACCGUGAUGAUAAUCAGAUCAGAGUUCCUUUACAAGAUGGCAGAAGGAGUAAGUCCAUAGAAGAGAGAGAAGAGGAAUACCAGAGAGUACGGGAAAGGAUUUUUGCAAGAGAGUCUGCACAGAAUGGUCAUAUUCCGGAUAACAGAGGCAACAGAGACCUGCUGAACCGAGGCUCUUGUAGUCGUCAGAGCAGCACUGAAAGUGAAUUAAAGUCCCUGGAUCCAAGACCAUGGAGCAGCACAGACUCUGAUGGCUCCUGUCGCAGUAUGCGUCCUCCAGUUACCAAAGCCAGCAGCUUCAGUGGAAUCUCCAUCCUGACAAGAGGAGACAGUAUUGGCAGUAACAAAAGCACGACCAACCGCACCGGCCGGCCAGGUUUGCCCAUAGGCGCCCCAGAAGUGUGCAGCCAGGCUUCCUCCUCUCAGCAGUCUACUCGAAGCAUCAUACCUUGCACUGCACAGCAACAACAUGCCCAUACUCACCAGGCACUUCCACCCACUCCUCAGCAACAGUCCAUGAGUAACCACUUAAUGUCACAGACCCUCCAGCCCUCUCCACAACCGGUCCAGUACUCCGCCAGCUCCUGCCCCCAAGUCCUCCUGCCAGUUUCACCUCCCCAGCAGUACAAUCUGGCUGAUGAUUUAAAUAGUCACUUUGGACAGAUGACUUUAAGUCGCCAGGGCUCAUCUGAGGCGCCUGACCCCUCCACUGCCAUCUAUCAGUCUCCCCUUAUCUCCCAGCAUCCGCAGCAGGCUGGAUUCAUCAUGACAACUGGGGGACAAGCCAUUUCAGCAGCAGGCUACCCUUCCUCAGGGCACCCUUCUCCCACACAGCAGGUCAUCCCAACACAGGGUUUCAUGCAGCCUCCACAACAGAUUCAGGUCUCAUAUUAUCCUACUGGGCAGUUCCCAAACUCUAGCCAGCAAUAUAGACCUAUCUCACACGCAGCGGCCUACAAUUCACAACGCAAUCAACAGGUCACCCAGCCACCUCAACAACCUGGUAUGCAGCCCAUAAUUUCCAACCAGCCGCCAACUUACCAGGGUAUGAUGGGUGUCCAGCAAUCGCAAAGUCCUGCCAUGCUGAACAGCCAGAGAGCCAGUGUUGGGAAUCAAAUGCAGAGUAUGAUGGUGCAGUACACUCCACUACCUUCAUAUCAAGUUCCAGUAGGAAAUGAAUCACAGGGAGUUGUGCCACAAUCCUAUCAGCAAUCUGUACUGGUACCAGCUAACCAGUCAGUGCAGGGAGCCAUGCCAGCCGGAGGAAUGCCAGUAUACUACAGUGUUAUACCACCAGCACAACAAAAUGGCUCCAGCUCUUCGGUUGGAUUCCUUCCUCCUCCAGGUUCUGAGCAGUACCAGAUGCCUCAGUCUCCCUCUCCCUGCAGUCCCCCACAAAUGCAACAACAGUAUUCAGGAGUCAGCCCUUCAAGUCUGGGUGUGGUGGUGAUGCAGUUGAAUGUACCCAAUGGUCCUCAAGGAACAUCCCAAAACCCGCAAAUGGUCCAGUGGAACCACUGCAAAUAUUUUAGUGUUGACCAGCGGCAGAAACCUGAACAUCUAUAUGGUGCAGAUACUAGCGCUCAGCCUAGUAACCUUAUGAACAGUCCUAUUACGUCUCCAGCACAGUCCCCAACACCUUCUCCAGGCUCCAGCAUUAACAGUGUCUGCACUGGUCUCUCACCAUUAUCUGUCAUCUCCCAGUUUCCCCGACCUGUUGGCCCAGGACAAGGUGAUGGCCGAUACUCUUUGCUUGGACAGCCACUCCAGUACAACCUUUCUGUUUGCCCCCAAUUAUUGCACAGUCAGUCGCCCUACUCUGCACAACUGACAGGGAUGAAACAUGGAAACCGGGGAAAAAGGCAGGCCCUGAAGUCAGCAUCUACAGACUUGGGUACAACAGACAUAGUUCUUGGCAGAGUGCUAGAAAUCACAGACCUCCCAGAGGGCAUCACACGAGCCGAAGCAGGCAAACUUUUUACACAGCUGGCAAUGUCUGGGGCCAAAAUACAGUGGCUGAGGGACGCUCAGGGUCAUGCCCCAGGGCCUAAUGGUGAUCACCAUGGACCUGCAGAAAAUGGUCGCCAAGUUCACAACAACGACCUGGCAGCCUUUUAUACCAUCGUGGCAGUCUUCCCUAGCACCAUGGCAGCACAAAACGCCUCAGUGCAGCAAAACAGUCCGCUCAGCCGCUUCAAAUUGCGCAGCAUCAAGAAGAACUAUGAUUUGCGCAUACUGGAACGUGCCAGCUCGCAAUAGCGUGUGAAGAUGGGUGGGGGAAGAUGGGAAAGAAGGGGACAAGAGGGCUGCAGCAAAGACCCGGAGGAGUAAAAUAUUUCUCCCCCCCCUCCUCUCUUUUUUGUCACACUUCUUCCUCUUUGCCCUUUCUACCCCAAAAGAAGCACACUGGACUUAAUACAGCCUUUCCCUUUCUAACUCCACUUCCUCCGCGCACCUUUUUGUUCCUUUCAGAAGUUCCCUUUACGGUUGUACAUCUCUCGUUUGUCCCUUUUCUCAUCCGACCUCCUGAUUCGCUGUCCAGUACUCAUACUGUGUAACUCUCCCCCCUUCACUUGCUUUUUUUUUUUUUACUUGUCCAUCAACACUUCAUUUUCUUCCAGUGUCACCAUGCUGUUCAA